AUGUCUCUCUCCCCAUGCCGAGCCCAGAGGGGCUUCAGUGCUCGCUCAGCGUGUUCUACUUUUUCAGGGGCUCGAGGCAGGGCUGGCUUCAGCAGCAGGAGCCUUAGCUCCUCUAGGAAAUGCAGAGGAAGCUCUGGUGGGAGGGCCUGGGGGGCAGAGGCCAGGCAAGGGGUACGGUUUGUCCAGAGGAGUGGAGGCCCUGGUCUUUCCCAGUGCCCUCCGGGGGGCAUCCAAGCGGUGACUGUCAACCAGAGUCUGCUGACCCCACUGAAGAUUGAGGUUGACCCCCAGUUCCAGGUGGUGAAGACGCAGGAGACUCAAGAGAUCAGAACCCUCAACAACCAGUUUGCUUCCUUCAUUGACAAGGUGCGCUUCCUGGAGCAGCAGAACAAGGUUUUGGAGACCAAAUGGGAGCUGCUGCAGCAGCUGCAGGGGAGCCACAGCCCUCAGGGCCUGGAGCACAUCUUUGAAGCCUGCCUGGCUCGGCUCAGGCAGCAGCUGGAGGAGCUACAGAGAGAGCGAGGGGCUCUAGAUUCUGAACUGAAGACCUACCAGGAUCAGGAGGAAGAGUUCAAGUCCAAGUAUGACCAGGAAGCUCACAAGCACGCCUCAGUGCAGAAUGACUUUGUGGUCCUUAAGAAGGAUGUGGAUGAGGUUUUCCAGAGCAAGAUGGAUUUGGAAGGCAAGCUGGAGUCUCUGAGAGAAUACAUCUGCUUCUUGACACGUCUGUAUGAAGAAGAACUGAGACAGCUGCAGACUCAGGCAGAUGACAUGUCUGUGGUGCUGUCCAUGGAUAACAACCGUUGCUUGGACUUCAGUGACAUCAUUGCCGAGGUCCGUGCCCAGUAUGAGGAGAUCACGCGGACGAGCAAGGCUGAGGCAGAGGCUGUGUUCCAGACCAAGUACCAGGAACUUCAGGCAUCAGCCCAGCUUCAAGGGGACAACAUAAAGGAAGCCCGAAUGCAGAUUUCCCAGCUUCGGCAGGCCGUGCAGAGGCUGCAGAGUCAGAUUGCGAGCCUCAAGAAGCAGAAUGACAGUGUGCAGUCGGCCAUUGCUGAUGCUGAGCAGCAGGGGGAGAUGACUCUGAGGGAUGCCAAGGCCAAGCUGGAUGAACUGGAGGAUGCUCUAAGAAUGACCAAGCAGGACAUGGCCCAAAUGCUGCGCGAAUACCAGGAACUGAUGGGCACAAAGCUGUCCUUGGAUGUGGAGAUUGCCACGUAUCGAAGGCUGCUGGAGAGUGAGGAGUGCAGGAUGUCUAAGGAGUACAUCAGCCAGGUCACUGUCUCCACAGCAGAAGGCAGUGUUGUCCCUGGAGGAGUUUGUGGAGGAGUUGGUGAUGAUCAAGUGGGCACUUGUGACCUCAGAGGCUGGAAAGGCAGCUUUGGGUCUGGAGGUUGCUCUAGCAUCGUAACUGGGGGCUUUGAUAUUCCCCACGGAUCUGGGCGCAGUCCCAGUAUGGGUUCCUGCUCUGUGUCAGGCUCUGGUUUCAGUUCUGGCUCUGGCUCCUGCUGCCGCACCAUCCUGAAGAAGACAGUGGAGUCAAGCCGGAAGACAUCUGUCAUUUACUGA